GAGGGUGUGGCUCUCCCGACGUACUGGACGGCGGGUCUACCGCUUAGGCGCUACCCCCACCACCUAGAUGAGAGAGAAUGUCUGCCACUGUGAGGGACAUUGGAGAGAAAAAGCUGGUGGCGGUGGCUCACUACCUGGAUGGAUUUCCCCCGCUGGCCACCGGGCAGAAGGUGGAAGACGUGGAGCAGUAUUACAGUCUCCUCUGUGCAGAGCUCCGUCGCCUACCGCCCCCACUGGGGGCCAAGUUCACCUACACUCUCAACCAGCUAGCAGAUUAUGGGAUGGAAACUCUGAAGAUUGAUGGGAGUCCCAGUCUCCUCCUACUGACUGACCUCCAGAGGAGAGGUCUACCACUCGAGGAGUUCAUCUCCUGUCUGGAGAGAAUUGGCUGCCAAGGAGCUCUCAAUUUGUUUGCCUCUGCCACUCGACCAGAGAUCACCCAACAGCCGCAGUCUCAGAGCGUGUUGGAGGGGGAGGAGCUGAGGCUAGAGUGCCGGGCCAGGUGUAAACCAGGCACGCCCACCUUCUUCUGGUUCAGGAGGAAUGACCCCAAGUCUGACUGGGAGCCUGUCAUUGACUCCCACUCCAACAUACUGGUGAUACAGGAGGUGAAUGUGGCACACCGUGGGGACUACAUCUGCAGAGCCACCAACCCCAACAUCAAUGACCCUCAGAGAGCCAAUGUCUUCUCUGGAGAGGUGACUAUCAAGGUGGAGCCAAGGGAAUUUCAGCAGAAAAUUCCCAUCAGACAAGAGACGACAGGUGACCUAACAGAUCCACCUCCAUUUCCUCCUGUCAUCAUCUCCCAGCCCCAGCCCCUGGAGGUGGAUGACUGGUGAGCCACCCAGCCACAGUGUAGCUUUAGGGAAAUUGGAGUGGCCUAAUUUUUGCACUUGUUCAGAGAUGACCAGUAUGUCAGUUCACGGAACAGUUCGGGUAAAAUAGAGUUCCGUCAAGUGAGGGUGGAGCAUGCUGGACAGUACCAGUGCAAGAUGACCAACCCUCAGGGUGGCUUUGUCGUGUCUGACACUGUCUCACUCACUGUGGUUCCAGUGAUUGUGAUAGACCAGCAACCUCCCAAGAGUUUGCAGAGAUACAAGGAUGAGCCCAUUAGCCUCCAGUGCCGUGCUAGCAGCAAGAGAGGCCCGGUUACCUACCAGUGGUUCAGGAACAAGAAACCCAUCUAUAGAGCAACAGAGUCAGUGUUCUGUACAAAGUCCUCUGGUAGGUUCUACUGUCAGGUGGGACUGAGGGACCACCCAGAGCAGCUGCCCAUGCUAUCAUCCACCACCAGAGUCUCCAUCAACACCAUUAAGAUCACAGCUCAGCCUCAAGAUGUUGACGGAAAAAUUGGAGAGUGUGUAUCUCUUCAGUGUCAGGCUGAAUUCAGUCCUCCUCUGCCCUCCAAGGAAAAGAUAGAGUACAUGUGGCUGAUGUCAAGUACCAAGGACGGGAAGAAGGAGCCACUGCAGAAGGCCCUCCAGCCACAGCAGUCGGAGGGAACACUGCUGUUUGAGCAGCUCAAUAUCAACCACCGCGGCUACUACGUCUGUCAGGCUUGUUUCGAGAAUGAGUUUGUGGAGUCAGUGGAAGUACACCUCUCAGUCACCAUGGCCGGCGGCAUUACAAAGAGGGCCUCAGAGACAUCCUUUGUAUAUACAGGCAAAGAAGACAGCUUAAUUUUGAAAGAAGUUGGUAUCAGUUUGUUUUUUCCAGUUGCUCACUGUGAAAAAGAGAUCAGGUUUUCCGUCAAUGUAGUCAACGGGGACUAUGUCCUGCCAUCAAAAUAUCAGAACAUGCCACUAGUCAGUGCAAUGUACAAGAUUACAGCAAGUGCUAAAUUACCUGCUCCGGUCACAAUCCGAACAGACCACUGUGCUGCUCUUAAUAAGAAAGAUUCUCUAGAGUUCAUGGUUGCACGCGGGGAACCCCCUUACCACUUCAAUCCAUUACCAGGUGGAACAUUUCGAAAAUCGUACGGGGAAAUAAAAGUGUCUGAUUUUAGCGUUUUUACUGUUUUGCUAAAUAUCUGGGAUUGGAAAAUGCGGUUUGCUGUUCGUGUGUUUGAUUGCAAUGACGGCACUACAGAUUUCAUUGUGACAAAAGACAUUCCAACACACUGUACUGCGGUGAGGGAAAAGUACUGUCGUGCAAAGGAAAUAGUUGAACAAACAAGAGUUUUUUCCUUUUUGACCACUGAAAUCACUCUAAUGAUGCCAGAAACUCCCACGGGUGGAUGGAGUGUCGAGCCAGUUGUUGAGCCCCCAAUAAUAACCAUGGAAGAAAUCCAUGCAUACAAGGGCAAGGCUGGUACCAUAAUCCCAAACAUCAAACUGAAUGUGAGUUGGAAAGGAGAUAGACCAACAAAAAAAGACAAAGACACGGUAAAAAUUGGAGUGCGAGGUGUAAAGAAGUUUUCUUUUUUGAACUUGCCCUGUAAAGCAUUCCAUUCACAAUCAAUUGACACUUUUGACAGAAGGAACGAAGAAGAAGUUAAAGAGCUAGCAAGGAGAAGUAUGAAGGAUGAGAAUGGACUAAAUAGUACAAUCACUGAAGAACAUUUACUGAAAAUAAAGGAGUUCAUAUCAUGGAAAGAGGUUGGACCUCAUCUCAAAUACAUCAUAGCCGGGGACAUUAAUGACAUUGACGGAGACUUUAAAAACAUAGCGGACCAGAGACAGCGGCUAUUAAACCUCUGGGUGGAAAGAAAUUAUGGACAAGAUGUCACAUACCUUAACCUGAUCAUGGCAAUGUUGGAGGCCCAGUAAAAGGAACGAAGCUGAGGAGAGUGUGCCUUCUUCUGCCAAUAAGGAGUGUGACAUGAUGAACUUUUCUUUCUUUUAUUGUCUUUUACACCAAUGUUACUGUCAUUAAUGUUGUUCGUAUGUUUCCAGCAGAACGUGUGUGAAAGUGCAGCGAUUUGGUAUUGUGCGAUUUUUUACCAUACUGAUGUCACAAGGGGGAUGUGAUUUACU